UGCUGUAGGGAUGAGCUGCAGGAGGUUUCCCUGUGACGCUGGACGCUUCGGGCGUUUCGACACGCUAGCCCGAAUCGUCGACCCCACAAACUCCCAUGCUCCUGUUCAGUCUUCAGUCGGAUAAACUGGCAGGCAACGCAUUUACAAGCUCUUGGUCAGCGCGCUUUUUCUCCCUGAAAUCUAAUGACGAUGGUGGGGUGCUUGGCGUUUUUGGAGGCGAAUCUGGGGGCUCACCACCACACCUCAGGGUUUUUUGCCGCAGCACGAUGCAACCACAACCCGCCAGUCGGACCGGCGCCCCUUCUCUCACGACCCAGGGCAGAUACUACACAGCACGCUUGGCACCUGGCUUUCUGACGCAUUGCGCCCGCCAUGGACCUGGACAAGCAGAACGCCAACCCCACCAUCCUGAACCCCUCGGACCUGCCCUCGCGCCGCCGCACAUCUGCCGUCCACAGGCGCGACCAUGGCGGCUCCGGCCUGUUUGACGACCUCAUACCGCAGUACAACUACCUGAACGAUCCGUUUGAGCAGCCCGUUUCAUCCAGCGACUCUGAUGACGACGCCGUCGAGGCCAUUGACGAACAAGAGGUCUACGACCUCAUUUCUUCCAUCUCUGACCCAGAGCAUCCGCUGUCCCUCGGUUCGCUCGCAGUCGUAAAUCUCCCUGACAUCCACAUCAUCCCGCCCGCGUCGCCCUAUUCCUCCAUCAGCACCGUGCUUGUGGAGAUCACUCCCACCAUUACGCACUGCUCGCUGGCCACCGUCAUCGGUUUAGGCGUCCGCGUGAGACUUGAGCAAGCCCUGCCUCCGCGCUUCCGGGUUGACGUCCGUAUCAAGAAGGGCACACAUAGCACGGAUGAGGCUGUGAACAAGCAGCUUGGAGACAAGGAGAGAGUCGCGGCGGCCCUGGAAAACGGCACAUUGAUGGGCGUGCUGAGGAAGAUGCUCUCCACUUGCGAGUGAGGGUCUCGGCUUGCUUUCUUAAACCGACAUUCAUCGUCGGUCCUUUCUCCGCCGUCUCCGGCUCUUCGGAUUCUCUGGGCACGAUAUCACGGUGCAUUGCGCGGCGUUAAGGUAAGGAAGAGCAGGGUCAAGAGGCCCCCUAGGUCGCGAUGGGUACACUACUGCAUCUUGAAAUAUUGGAAUGUCAUCCAUCACACAUUUCCAAGUUUUUCUCCCACGUGUCUCUUAUCAUUUAUCCCCCUUGUACAUCCCACGCCCUCUGCGCUUUAUUUCUCCU